GCCGCGCGUGACGUCUCCCGGGUCGUGGGCCGCUCCGCGUGAUUCAUCAACGCCGCCGAUGCCGCGCGCUUGAAGCGGGGCUCCACGAAGGAGGAGGAGGAGGAGGAGGGAUAGGGCAAGGCAGGUAGGCAAGAUGGAAGGCAUCCUGAAGAAGCUGCAGAAGGAAGCCUCGGGGAACAAGCACAAGGCCAUCAAGGAGAGCUGCGCCUGGGCCACCGAAACUUUAGAAUCUACUGAAGCUGCUACCAAGAUCCCACCAUACCAACUAAGGGAGAAGUGUCUCCUUCCACUCCAGCUGGCUUUGGAAAGCAAGAAUGUGAAGCUGGCCCAGCAUGCUCUAGCAGGGAUGCAGAAGCUACUCUCUGACGACCGGUUUGUAUCCAUGGAAACAGACUCUGAUGACAAGCAGUUGCUUAAUCAGAUGCUGAAUGCAGUCAGAGUGACUCCUUCCCUCAACGAAGACCUGCAAGUAGAAGUGAUGAAGAUACUUUUGUGUAUAACAUUCACUCCAACAUUUGAGUUGAAUGGGAGCUCCAUACUUAAGAUUGCUGAGAUUUGCAUUGAGACCUAUGUAUCCAGCUAUCAUCAGCGGAGUAUUAAUACAGCUGUACGGGCAACUCUCAGCCAGAUGUUAAGUGAUUUGACUUUACAGUUACGACAAAGACAGGAAAAUACGAUAGUCGAGAGUCAAGGUGUUCUUCAGGAUUUCAAGAGCCCAGAUUUGACAACAGAGUCCCUCUGUGAUGAUGUUGUCUCUGUCUUCACGGUUCUCUGUGAAAAGCUUCAGACAGUCAUCAGCGAGAAUCAGCAGCUCCAACUUCUCUACCUGGAAUGCAUUCUGUCAAUGCUGACCAGUUCCUCUCCUACUAUGCACCACCACAAAGGAUUUACUGACCUCAUAUGGAAGCAGUUGUGCCCAGCCCUCAUAGUAAUCUUGGGAAAUCCAGUCCAUGACAAAACCAUCACCUCUGCUCAUUGCCAUGAGGCGGAUGCGCUUUCCUCAGGUGUCUCUGAUCAUGGUCGAGGGUCAGGUUGCUCUUCAACAGCCCCUGCCCUGAGCAGUCCUGUGGCCCGGACCAUUUAUUACAUCGCAGCAGAACUUGUACGAUUAGUGGGGUCAGUGGAGUCCAUGAAGCCUGUCUUGCAGUCUCUUUACCACCGCAUGUUGCUGUAUCCCCCACCUCAGCACAGAGUGGAGGCUAUCAAGAUCAUGAAAGAGAUACUCGGCAGUCCUAGACGACUCUGUGAUUUGGCCGGGCCCUGCUCCACUGAACCAGAAUCUAGAAAGAGGUCCAUUUCAAAAAGAAAGUCCCAUCUGGAUCUUCUCAAACUUAUCCUGGAUGGAAUGACAGAAGCUUGCAUUAAAGGUGGGAUUGAAGCAUGCUAUGCCUCUGUCUCAGGUGUCUGUGCCUUGCUUGGGACUCUGGAUGAGCUAAGUCAAGGGAAAGGCCUGGAUGAGGAGCAGGUCCAUUUACUUCUCCGGCGCGUGGAUGAGUUAAAAGAUGGGGCUGAGACAAGUCGGGAUUCCAUGGAGAUCAAUGAUGCUGAUUUUAGGUGGCAAAGACGUAUCCUCUCCUCUGAACAUACUCCCUGGGAGGCAGGCAAUGAAAAAAGUCCUGAUAUUAGCAUUAGUGUCACCACAGACACAGGUCAGACAACCCUAGAAGGGGAAUUGGGACAAACCACUCCAGAAGAUCGUUCUGACAUUCGUAAAAAUUCUCUGCAAUCACCAGCUGGCCAAGCUGUGAGAGAACUCCAUUACAAAGAGCCAGAAUCAGAAACUAUUGACCAACCAGACGUUGUUCAACGAAGCCAUACAAUGGUUUAUCCAGAUAUAACUAAUUUUCUUUCAGUUGAUUGUCGGGCGCGCUCUUGUGGAUCCAGGUAUAGUGAGAGUAAUUUCAGCAUUGAUGACCAGGAUCUUUCAAGGACUGAAUUUGACUCAUGUGAUCAAUAUUCCAUGGCAGCAGAAAAAGAUUCUGGAAGAUCAGAUGUUUCAGACAUAGGUUCAGAUAACUGCUCCUUGGCUGAUGAAGAACAGACGCCAAGAGACUGCCCUGGUCACAAGUCUUUGCGGACUGCAGCCCUUUCCUUGAAGCUGUUGAAGAACCAAGAAGCUGAUCAGCACAGUGCCAGGCUGUUUAUCCAGUCCCUCGAAGCUCUUCUCCCUCGACUUAUAGCACUGCCAAAAGUAGAAGAUGUUGAUUUGGCCCUCCAGAACUUUGCCUCAACUUUUUGCUCAGGUAUGAUGCAGUCUCCAGGUUUUGAUGGGAAUGCCAGUUUCACUUUCCAGACACUGAUGAAUGCAGAUAGUCUCUAUAUGGUCUCUCAUUACAUUCUUCUGCUGAACCUGAAGCUGUCCAAUGCAGAUUACUAUAGAAAGAAGCCUGCCCAGUCACCUAUGCUAAUGAAGGAGUUUAUGAAGCAGGUCCAGUCCAGUGGAGUAUUGAUGGUAUUUUCUCAGGCCUGGGUUGAAGAGCUUUACCAUCAAGUACUGGAGAAAAAUCUUCUUGGAGAGGCUGGAUACUGGGGAAGCCCUGAAGAGCACAGCCUUCCUCUCAUCACCAUGCUAACUGACAUUGAUGGUUUGGGGAGCAGUUCAAUAGGUGGUCAGUUGAUGGCUUCUGCAUCCACACACUCUCCUCUCACCCAGAACUGGAAACCAGAUGAUGCUGUUGUGGCAGGUAUGUCCUUUGCCCGAUACCUUCUUAUUGGUUGUUGGAAGAAUUUGAUUGAUACAUUAUCAACACCUCUGACUGGCCGCAUGGCAGGGAGCUCCAAAGGGUUAGCAUUCAUUCUUGGAACCGAAGGAGUCAAGGAACAGAACCAAAAGGAGAAAGACGCCAUCUGCAUGAGUCUGGAUGGAUUGAGAAAAGCAGCCCGGCUUAGCUGUGCUUUAGGAGUUGCUGCCAAUUGUGCAUCUGCCCUUGCUCAGAUGGCUGCAGCUUCAUGUGUUCAAGAGGAGAAAGAGGAAAAGGAGACCCAAGAGCCCAGUGAUGCCAUAGCUCAAGUAAAACAGAAAAUGGAGCAAAAACUGGAGCAGAUGGGGAAAGUGCAAGGUGUCUGCCUACACACAGCUCAUGUUUUGUGCAUGGAUGCCAUUCUCAGUGUGGGACUGGAGAUGGGAAGCCACAAUCAAGAUUGCUGGCCACAUGUCUUUAGAGUUUGUGAGUACAUCAGCACUCUGGAACAUGUCCAUUUUAGCGAUGGCACAUCUCAGGCUCCUGUAACCAUUACACAGGCACAGCAGUCUUCUAGUGGGCCACAGGGAGAUGGUCCACCUACGGACUCUUCCCAGGAAUUGAUUGAAGAUGAAGAGCCAAGUCUGAGGAACACUCCCAUCAUCCAGCCAGUUUCCAUUCAGGAGCUCAUCAAAGAGGGCAGCAAAGGGAGAGCUUUUGACUUCCGUGGAGGGAGCCUGAUGGGUGGAAGCAGUGCUGCUAAGGCCAUCCUCACCCUCUCAACCCAAGCUGAAAGGCUAUUUGAAGAUGCAGUUGACAAGCUGAAUCUGAUGGCAUUGGGAGGUUUCCUGUAUCAGCUGAAGAAAGCCUCUCAGUCCCAGCUCUUUCACUCCGUUACAGACACUGUUGAUUACUCGUUGGCAAUGCCAGGAGAAGUAAAAUCCACCCAAGACAGGAAAAGUGCCCUCCACUUGUUUCGCCUGGGAGGAGCUAUGCUUCGAAUUGUCAGGAGCAAAUCUCGGCCUUUGCUUCAUUUCAUGCGCUGCUGGAACCUGGUGGCACCUCAUCUGGUCGAAGCUGCCUGUCACAAAGAAAGGCAUGUUUCUCGGAAGGCUGUCUCUUUCAUCCAUGACAUCCUGACUGAGGUUCUGAUGGAUUGGAAUGAGCCUCCCCAUUUCCAUUUUAACGAGGCUCUGUUCCGCCCCUUUGAGCGCAUCAUGCAGUUGGAACUUUGUGAUGAGGAUGUCCAAGAUCAGGUGGUCACGUCGAUAGGUGAACUGGUGGAAGUGUGCUCUACUCGGAUCCAGUCAGGCUGGAGACCACUGUUCAGCGCACUAGAAACUGUGCGUUGUAGCAGCAAAUCAGAGGUUAAGGAUUAUCUUGUUGGAGAAUAUUCAAUGGGAAAAUGCCAGGCCCCUGUAUUUGAUGUCUUUGAAGCAUUUCUAAAUACGGACAACAUCCAGGUUUUUGCAAAUGCAGCCACCAGCUACAUCAUGUGCCUUAUGAAGUUUGUCAAAGGACUGGGGGAAGCAGAUUGCAAAGAGAUUGGCGAUUGUGUAUCAGGAUCAGGUUCCAUGUCUACAGACUUGUGCCUUCCUGCUCUCGAUUACCUCAGGCGCUGUUCUCAGUUGCUUGCCAAAAUCUACAAAAUGCCUUUGAAGCCAAUUUUUCUUAGUGGGAAACUCGCUAACUUGCCACAAAAAAUACAAGAACGCUCUGCAAGCAGUGACGAUGGCAUUGAGUGUGUCCUUUCUGAGUUUGAUGAUGACACAGGCCUUAUCAAUGUCUGGAUUAUUCUGCUGGAAGAGCUGACAACUGCUAUAUCCAACUGCCCUCGUCAGCAUCAACCUCCCACUUUGGAUUUGCUUUUUGAACUCUUGAGGGAUAUUACCAAAACACCUGGUCCUGGAUUUGGUAUGUAUGCAGUUGUACAUCUUCUGCUCCCUACAAUGUCCCUUUGGCUUCAUCGCAGCCAGAGUGAUCAUUCUUACUGGGAUGCAGCAUCUGCAAAUUUCAAGCAUGCCAUUGGUCUUUCCUGUGAGCUAGUAGUGGAGCACAUUCAAAGUUUCAUACAUUCAGAUAUUGGCUAUGAGAAUAUGAUCAACACCAUGCUCAAAGACCUGUUCAAGUUACUAGUCGCUUGCGUAGCAGAACCCACUGAAAGCAUCUCAAGAGUCGGCUGUUCCUGCAUCAGAUAUGUGCUAGUGACAGCUGGUCCUGUUUUUACAGAAGAAAUGUGGAGACUAGCAUGCUGUGCAUUACAGGAUGCUUUCUCAGCUACUCUUGAGCCAGUGAAGAAUCUGUUGGGCUAUUUCCACAGCGGCUCCGAAAACCUUAGUGGUGAUGCCUGCGAGGUGAAAGUGGCAGCUCCUUCCCUUUCCCCAAGUGCUGAAGCAGAGUACUGGAGAAUACGGGCCAUGGCCCAGCAGGUGUUCAUGUUAGAUACCCAGUGCUCCCCUAAAACUCCAAACAACAAGGAAGGCUUUGAACAUGCUCAGUCCUGUGUGCUUAUCAUCGAGUUGCCUCCUGACAAGAAGCCGAAUGGCCACACACAGAAAAGGAAGCUUGGUAUCCCCUUCAGGACUAUUGUAGUUAGUCUGCUCUCCCACCAAGUGCUGUUGCAGAAUUUAUAUGAUAUUUUGUUGGAAGAGUUUGUCAAAGGGCCCUCUCAAUCUGAGGAGAAGACAGUGCAACAACCACCAGAAACCAAAUUAGCUGGCUUCCUCAGAUACAUUUCUAUGCAGAAUUUGGCAGUCAUCUUUGACUUGCUUUUGGAUUCCUACCGAACGGCCAGAGAAUUUGAUACAAGGACUGGAUUGAAAUGUUUGCUGAAAAAGGUCUCUGGCAUUGGUGGAGCUGCCAACCUCUACCGCCAGUCAGCAAUGAGCUUCAACAUCUACUUCCAUGCCUUGAUCUGUGCCAUUGUAACAAACCAGGAGAACAUAACAGCAGAACAGGUGAAGAAAAUCCUCUUUGAAGAGGAUGAAAGAAGCACUGAUUCAUCUCAACAGUGCUCCUCAGAAGAUGAAGACAUUUUUGAAGAGACAGCUCAAGUAAGUCCGCCAAGAGGAAAAGAGAAGAGGCAGUGGAGGGCCAGGCUGCCAUCUCUGAGUGUCCAGCCUGUCAGCAAUGCAGAUUGGGCUUGGCUGAUUAAAAGGCUCCAUAAACUGUGCAUGGAAUUAUGUAACAACUAUAUUCAAAUGCACCUGGAUUUGGAAAAUAGUGCCGAUGAGCUCCCAGUCUUCAGAGGUGAUCCUUUCUUCUUCCUUCCAUCUUUCCAAUCUGAAACAUCCACCCCAUCUACUGGAGGACUCUCUGGGAAAGACACCCCUUCGGAAGAUGACAAAAGCCAGAUGAGGGACUCGCUUACAGAGAAUGUCACUCCUAAGGGAGGAGGUGGAGAUAUGCUGCUCCUUCCACCACUAAGUCCCAAAACAGAGAAGAAGGACCAGGGCAGAAAAAAAGAGUGGUGGGAGAGCGCUGGCAACAAAAUCUACACCAUCGCUACAGAUAAAACCAUAUCGAAGUUAAUGACAGAAUAUAAGAAGAGAAAACAACAGCAUAACUUCGCUACUUUUACCAAAGAGAUGAAAGCAGAUAAGAAAGGAGACACACUAAGCUCAAGGGGUCCAGAUUCACCCCUUCCACAAAGGCCACAAAAUCUGGUUGAUCAAGGCCAAAUGAGGCAUUCCGUCAGUGCAGGUCCAGAGAUUUUGAGGCAAGAGAAGAGGCCACGGUCUGGGUCGACUGUCAGCUCACUCAGUAUAUCCAUUCGGGAUGGCGAGGCACAAAUACAGGCAUGGACCAACAUGGUAUUGACAGUUCUCAACCAGAUUCAGUCCCUUCCAGACCAGAUCUUCACAGCCCUCCAGCCAGCUGUGUUUCCCUGCAUCAGCCAGCUGACAUGUCAUGUGACUGACAUUCGGGUUCGUCAGGCCAUGAGAGAAUGGCUGGGAAGAGUCGGCAGAGUUUAUGACAUUAUUGUGUAAUAGACACAGAUGGGUUACUGAGCAGACCAACGAUGUCUUCAAGGCAUACAAAUACAGGUGCAGACAGAUGUAGUUGUAACUGCCUAUUCACUGUCCAUUCUUAAUAGGCGACUUUUAUCACACCCUGUUAACUCUUUAAGAGCACAAUUGAUUUUGCUCAUGCCUGCAAGAGAAUGUGAUAUGGCAGUAUGGCUCAUAUGCCAAGUGUCACAAAUAAUAGUGCAUAUUAAAUCAGAAAACGCCAUUAAAUCAGGCUGAACAUGAAAACUCAGCAGGUUAGAUGCUGUGUAUUCGUCAUAGACAAAAAUGUUACACUGAACUAUUUCUCUGCAGGAAGAAAAGAAAGAUUGCAGUGUAGUCUCAAUGCUGACCAUAUGAAAUGAACACCUGCAUAAAGUUAACCAAGACAGAACGCUAUCAAUUUGCUUCUGUUUCCAACCACCACUCUUAAUGAAAAAUGUUGAUCUCUCAGAAAUCAAAAAGCUUUACAUUCAGAAUAUACUAGAGAGUAUGAUGGUUGUUAGGUGUUUUUUAUGUAGAACCUUGAUGUGCCCUAAAAUGAGAUAAGCUUACACUUUAAACUGUCUGCAUUCAUACAAACAGAUCAGGGGGAAAUCGGCACACACUAAGUAGAAUUCAUUUAUGUCUAUUUAAAAAUAAAAUAGGCAAUUAGAAAUAGGCCUUUCAAUCCCAAUAAUGGCUACAUAUUCAGAAGAUAGAUGUUACUUUAUUUGUUACAUGGAGAGAUACAGCUGUACAAAGGCUUCUUGGACAAAUUUAGCACACUUUCUUGCCAACCUUUAGGUGAGUGUAUUCAUGUAACCAGGUGGGAAAGUCCUGUAGACAAUUGCUUAAUGAAUGCCACAGACUUUGGGUGGUUUAUUUCCCUCUGAUAUCUACCCAUAGCCCUCCAGGAGAGAAAAGGAGUUGUCUUAAAUAUGGCUCUUCAUUGUUUCUAUCAAAAUAUAAAACAGUAAACCUUGACUACUCUCUGUUCCAAAUAGUUUCCCUGAAUUGUGAGGUAGACAAUUGGAUAUAGUUCAAAAUUCUGUUUUCAUACUCUGAGGCCAUGCUGCAGUACAAUUAUCCCACUAAAAUUAUCUGGGGAAAGAAAGCAGAAGUAAUAUUUGGAGGGAGCAUUCUUAGUGUUAUCACAUUCUAUACUUACCCUAUGAGUUUUACAAUUUGGUAGGCAUUUCAAUUGCAAUCUAGCACAUUGCCAAACACUUUCCACAAAUCAUACUGAAUCUCUAAAUCCCUUGUCUUAGCUGAGCUAUUGGCAAAGGACUUGCUGUUUCAUCUUACCUUCAAAUGUAGUAGCAAGAAUGGUAAUUGAAGGACAUCGCUCCCAGAAAGGAGGAGCCGUGUGGGAGAUGGUCCCAGAUGAAUCAAGAGGAGCAGCUUAUAGGUCAGAACAAUUCUAGGAGGGAGAGAGAUAGAUUGAUAGUUGGUUCUAGUAAACUUUAAACUACUAGAACUCAACUGCUGGCUGUCACAUGUCAGCCACUUUUAAAAGGUAUCCCAGAGUCCCACAUGCAGGGACAUCAUAUACCAUGGGCAUCUGAGUGAUUCCUGCAGACCCUCAACUUUCUUUUUUAGGUCGUUGUUGGCCAGCCUGACCUAACAACAGAGGCAAGGGAACCAGCAAAGUAGCCUAUGAUUUAUGGGCAACUUAGGAUCAGUAUCACAAAAGAUGACAGCCUUUAUCCCAACUCUGAUUACUGGUGUCAUCCAGGGAGAGAUGGAUAAGUCUGUCUUAGCCUGGUGUAUGAUACAUUUCCAUUUGCCCUGAAGAAUGACAUUAUCAUUUCAUUUUUCCUUCUUCUCUCUUCUUUUGAUAAGUUAACAGAAGACUAUGAAUGUACAGGUUGUGUCAGCUGCUGAACCUUUGUGACUAGCUAAUGCAGAAUUUGAAAUUCUUUGUGAAAGAAGUUGCUGCUGUACCCCAAUCUGAUUGUUUUGUUCUAUGUUUCAGUGCAAAUAUGCAGUGUUUCUAUAGCUCUCUUUGUGGAGCUGGAUUUUUUUUAAGGGAAACAUUUUCAAGUAGUGCACGCCUACGUCAUUUCUUAGUGGAAUUUUAUAUGCAACUCUAGUUUGUUACUAUAAUAAGCAUCUCUGUUUAACAGAGUAACUUUGGAGAGAGGCAGGUGCAUCUCUGGUUUUUUGUGUGUGUUUGUGCUACACAAUGAGGCAAGUGCAAUAUAUGAACCAAUGUUGUGAAAUACACAUGCUGAAAAGAGAAGUGUUUUGUGACAAGGUGAUGCAGCCAUCAUUGCAUGAACAGCAAAAACUGUAGUGUUGUUACCUUUAUUGAUGGAGAUAUUAUGUGUUAUUGCCACUAACUGGAACUGUCAGUUCAACUAUUCCAUCUUGUUGCUGUUGCCAUGUGGAGGAGAUGUUUUUAUCCGCCAGACUACCAAGCAGACAAGGAUGUUUUAUCCACACUGCAUUAAUGCUUUUGUGAGAAAGUUAUCGGGUAUAACCGUAAUAUGUGAGCUGGUCUCAAGCACACUGAAACUUACAGAAGGUUAUGAAUAAGAAACCAGGCUGGCCUUGUCAUUCAGCAGAGUAAAGGAGUAGCUCAGGUGACAAAUGAGUUUUGGGGAGAGGACAAAGCUCUGUAUGUCUUGUGGUGUGCCCUGCACCAGUAUGGUAGCCUGCUGCACUCAGGCACAAUGGAAGACACUGCCCAAUCACCAGUUAAAGUUGCCACCUGUAUGUAAAAUAUGACUUGGGGAGCCCCGUCUUCUCCUUUGGCUCAAAAAAAGUCUAUUGCUCCCAAAGUGGAUUUUUUUAAAAAAAAAUCUCAUAAUGUCUUAGGCUAAUCCAGCAAAAAGAAACACAAGCAUCCCAUUUCCAUUCAAAGGAUCGACAUAUAAAGUUGAGAGGGAAGAAUGGAAACUCAGUUUGGUUCCAUAGCAUUCAGUUGAGAAUUGUGAAGUCAACAUCUUUUUAGGGGCAAAUGUAAGCAUAAUUCCACAUUAUGUUUGUGCAUAGUUUUAUUUUGUUGUUGCUGCUAAAGAGUUGACAUUCUCUUCCUUCCUCCCCUUCUGUACUGUGCCAUUCUUCUUGGACUUGUUCCCACUUCAUAAUUGUAGCAUUUUGAUUCCACUCUGAUUGCCUUGGUUCUGUCUCAUGGGAUCCUGGGAUUUGUAGUUGAGGGAGAGGCGCUUCGCAUCCUCACCAAGAAAACCCCAGUUCUUCAUCAUGCUAUGAACUCCAGGAUUCCAGAAGAUGCAGUUAAAAGGCUAUAAUUGUGUGUGGGAAAAGGACCCCUUGUUUGCUGUUCUGAGCAUUUCAUUGCCCGUGCUUUAGGUGAGUAGAUGAGCAAACUGGAAAAAAUAUCUAGCCUAAGGAGAACUUUAGCACAGAG